UAAAAGUCAAAUACGUUGCUCACACACAUACACUUCGAAAAUUCAGUAAAAUAAUUAGAUAGAAAAUGUCCGCCGAAGUGGAGGAGCUGCUGAAGCGUUUUCAGUCCAUGAAGAACAUUAUCGGGAUAGUUGUGGUGGACAAUGAUGGGAUUCCCAUCAAGACGACCCUGGAAUACAACCAGACUCUGCACUAUGCGGCUUUAAUGCAAACUGUGAGGGAGAAGGCUCGCCAGGUGGUCCUGGACAUGGAUGCCACCAACGAAUUCACCUUCCUGCGGCUGCGGACUCUCCAGCACGAGCUGAUGUUGUGUCCGCAGGAGGAUUACUUCAUCAUGGUGCUCCAGAGUCCCUGUGACUAGUCCAUUUAAAGUCA